CAAAAACCCCGAAAUUUCGGUUAGUUCCAUUCCUUUGCCGUUUGUUAACAGACCCGCGUAAGAAUGGGGUAACGGUGGAGUUCCGCCGAGGUGCGCUUAACAUAUCCCGCAAAUCAAACGGGCGCUUCUGAGUUCUGCGCGCCGUUUCGGAAAACGGAAAGGGCCAAGGCUUGCAGUGGCCUGCUAGUGCAACAAGAUGGAAUGAUGACGCCUACAUCACAGUCUGAGCUCCAAAAAUUCAAGUUCUGGGUGACGAAGGGGAGAAGACACUCUACACCAUCAAGUUGUGUAGAACCUCAUGAAACCAUUGAAACAGACCUCUACUGAUUCGAAGUGGCGUACUUGACUCGACAUGGCGCUUCCGCACCUUCGCGCUCUAGAGGACUGCGCAGACUUCACGAAGACAGUGGAACCCUUCAUUCCCCAACUCUAUGCCCUCCCCGGCAAGCUACUUGAGGUCUUGACGGGCCAUGAGAGUCUGUUGAGAGUUUACAUGCAAACCAACCCUCUCAUAUCCGGCUUCGCCCUCUCUGUGUUUCUUGGUGCGGUAUUCCUCGUGGUCGCCGAAGUCAACCGCAACUACUCACAGGUUGAUCGCUGCUGGAGCCUCUUGCCGACGCUGUACAUAGCCCACUUCGCUCUAUGGGCGCGCCUGGUUGGACUUCCCACUAGGCGUAUUGAGGCAGCAUUGCUCUUCAGCUCGAUAUGGAGUGCUCGUCUCACGUACAACUACUGGAGGAAGGGGGGCUACAAUAUCGGGAGCGAGGACUACCGAUGGGAACUCGUCCGACAGCGCAUACCCAAGGCGGCGUUCCACGUCCUUAACUGGACCUUCAUCUCAUUCAUGCAGAGUAUCCUGCUCUUCCUGAUUACCGCGCCCGUUUACAAGAUUCUGCUCGCAUCGACUAUUGAGCCGAACUUGACCAGCGCUGAUCUCGCGUCUUUGGCCAUGGAGCUUGGACUCAUCCUGACAGAGUACAUCGCAGACGAACAGCAAUGGGUCUACCAAUCAGCAAAGAAGCUGUACAAAGAGACCGGCAAGGUCUCGCGGGGCUUCAAGCAAGCCGACCUCGACCGGGGCUUCCUCACCUCCGGCCUGUGGGGAUACAGCAGGCAUCCCAACUUUGCGGCUGAACAGACCAUCUGGUUCCUCCUCUACCAGUGGAGCUGCUACGCGACCAAAACUUUGUACAGCUGGGCGGGCCUGGGCCCCUCGUUUCUCAUCCUGUUGUUCCAAGGCUCGACGUGGCUCACUGAGGGGAUCACGGGCGGGAAGUAUCCCGAGUACAGCGAGUAUCAGCGCAAUGUUGGCAUGUUCGCUCCGAAGCGGCUCUCCGCUUACAAGACGCCGGCCCUGAAGCCCAAGAUCAUUCGGACAAGCGAACUCGCCGAGAAACAGCGACAAAAGGAGAAGGAGAAACAGAAACAGAAGUGAGGUGGCGGCAGAAGGCGGGCAGAGCCCCCAUUCCCGAAAAGCACACGAGACAUAAUAAGCACGGGGGCUCGGCGGUUAAGCAACUACCGACGGAGUCUAGCGUCGCAAAAGGCGGCCAACAGUAUUUACGUACAGUGUACGACUCAGACUUGCGGGAUGACUGUGGGGAGGAAUGCGGCACAGAUUGUCAGAUCCUCCGAUGAGUCCCAGCACUCUCGUGAUGUGUUGGAGAUGUGGGAGAAACACCGGGAUCCACCCCGGUGACUGUCUUGAGCAGGGAUUGUUAUGAUGUGCAUCUGGAGAAAAGGGGGGUCAUAAAAACUAACGUUGGUAAACUGUGGUAAGCUGCGCGGCAUCAUGCAUAUACAUUGGUAUUAGCCUAGUAAAUUGUGUAGUACAUGAGCGAGAUAUACGACUUUUUGAUACUACUAUGGGAUUUGAGCCUGGC